AUGUCGUCCAUAUUCGCAAGGCCCGCGGGCCAGUCUAUAUUCGGCGCUCCCCAACAGCAACAGCAACAGCAACAGCAACAGCAACAACAACAACUACUACAGCAACAACAGCAGCAGCAACAGCAGCAACAACAGACCAUGCAGGGCAGCAUCUUUGGCCAGACAGCGCCGAUGGGAGGGCAAAUGCAACAGCCUCAGCAGCAAGCACCACAGCUCCCCGCUCUCUCCCAGUCCCAAGCGCAGCUCUCCAGUUCACUGUGGCAGCCGGUUAAGGACACGCCCCACCAACGCCCCUUGACCGAACAGAUCCAGCAACUGACCGAGAAAUGGGAUCCUGGGAACCCCAACUGCGUUUUCAAGCACUACUUCUACAACAAGGUGGACGAAACCAACAUUCCCUUCUACAAGCCGCUGCCCCACGAGAACCCUCGCGAAUGGGAAGAAGCCCUGCAGAAGAAGCCAGCACCCGGCUUCAUACCCGUCAUGUGCGCCGGUUUCACCGGCCUCUCGGAUCGUCUAAAGACACAGAAGCGCGCGGUCGCUGACCUCAACACAAGGCUGCACCAGAUCAAUGGCGCCCUCGAUGCGAUCCUCUCUCGUCACGACCUUCAGACUAGUGUGAGAGCGGCGGCCGCCCGCCGGCGCCACACCGUGUUGCAGGAGCGUUGCAUAGGGCUGGCGGCCAAGGUGCAGGUGCUGCGAAACCGGGGAUACGCCCUCAGCGGAGACGAGGACCACCUCAGGCUUAAGCUCAAGAGCCUGGAGGCGUCGAUCCAGGACCCCGCCCUAAGCGCCAAGGAGGAGGAGCUGUGGAGCAGACUCAUCGUGAUUAGGGGAUACGCGGAGCGGUUGACCCAAGAGAUCAACAGGCCCGCUUCCAAGGACGAGGGUCAUCUCGACGAAGAGACGGAGAUGAAGGCGAAGAAGGUGUUGGAGGACUACGAGAAGCAGCUUCUACAUCUCAAGAAGGAGGUCGAGACGAUCAAGGGGAUUUCGAACAAUGGGAGAAGGAUAGGGACUCCACGUCGUGAUGAGUCGGGUAUGAGCACGAGUUAUGGGAAAGACUUGCCGCUGAGGCCAGGCUUAUAG